AUGGCAGAACCAAUCAUGAAAUACAGACAGUUUCCACAACUCCAUCUCCAACAACCAAUAUCUGAGAUUCCAUCUUUUGUGAGCUAUUCUGCUGACAUUGUUAGAGGUUCCAAUUAUAUUUAUCGCUGGUUCUUCUCAGAUAGUGAAACCAAUAGCAGUCAUAUUGGACUACCAAAGUUGAAAUUAGAUCUUGUAGUGCCGUGUAAUUUAACCAUAGACCUUCAAGUAGAAGACUCAUUUGGCAGCCUCUGGGCAAGGAUGACCACCGUAGUACAAUACCCUAUCCUUAAUGUUUCCAUGACUAUAUAUAGAACUAUUGUAGGCCAGCCAACCCGAAUUAUUGUCGUAGUGGAACCCCAGCAAGACUACACUGUACUACUGGAUUUUGGAGAUGGAGACAGCAUUAGUAUUUAUUCUCAUGAAUCGCUCAUCAAAGGUUGUUUUUACAGCCCUUUGUUUUGCUCUGUACUCGCAUAUGAGCACAACUUUACUCAGGCGUCUAAUUAUACUGUGACUCUGAUUGUCUCCAAUGCCGUUAGCAGAGUGGAACAAGUUGCAGAAGCAGUAGUAGAAGAACCUAUUGUUGGAAUGGAUGUAACAUUGGUCACUCCACAUCAAAUUAAAUUAGGUGACUUAAUCAAUGCCACUGUAUAUUUUCCUUCUGGUUCCGAGUUUGUUUUCACAUGGCUUUUUUGUGGUCCAUUCACCUGCUAUUCUCUUUCUGAAAGUUCAGUAAGCAUAGCUGCAAAUGUUUCUGGAACAUGGAACCUUACUACAUUCGUAUCAAGUCCUUUUUAUGGCUACCCAUGGAUUCCAACCCAUGUUGAAUAUGUUAAAGUAUUGGGUCCCAUUGACGCUUUUAAGGCUUAUCUUCCAUUUGGAACUGAUCAUGCAACACUUAUUAAGGAUGAAAAUGGAUUUUAUUCUACAAAAACACUUGAAUUUCGUGCAAGCAGUGCAGUCGAAACCAGUUUUGUAUUUCAUUUUGGAGAUGGAUCUCCAUCAGUUUAUAUCAAGGGCAAUGUACAAGGUAGCGGAUAUGGAGCUUCAGCAUAUCAUAGGUUUAAAAAAGCUGGAGUCUUUAUCAUUAGAGUUAUUGCAUUUAACGAGUUCUUUAAUGCCACACAAGAGCUUGGUCCAUAUUAUGUAGAGACAGCACCAAAAGAUUUAUUGUUGGCUAUGAAUUCUAGCACAGUACAUAAAGAUGAAACCAUUCUCUUCAAAGCAUCUCUCAAAACAGGAAGCAAUGUGUCAUAUAGGUGGAGCAUAAAUAACAAAGCAAUCUAUGGGAAUGAAGGACCAGUCAUUAUUUACAAGUUUUCUACAGCAGCAACGUACAACAUCACCGUUGUUGCAGUGAACAAAGUGGGAAAUCAGACGGCCUGGAAAAUCGUAUCAGUACAGUACAAGAUGAAGCCUGUUUCCAUUUUCACAAAUGGCACCAUCUUCUCAACUGGGACAAGCAUUAGGUUUUAUGUAAUAACAGAAGAGGCUGGUAAUUUAAAAUUCUUUUGGCAUUUUGGAUAUGGAAAGUCCGAGACAACUACUUCAACAUCUAUAUCAAAAACAUAUACAAAGCCAAAUAGGUAUAAUGUCAUUGUUACAGCCUCAAAUGAAAUAUCUUCCAUUACAUCUGACAUCCAUACUAUUUUCAUACAAAGUAGAGUGAUUCCUCAUAGUCUUGUUGCUAGCUCAUCGGUUUUAGUAGAUGCCAGUGUGACAUUUGAGUGCAGAACAAACUCUAGAGCAAACAUCAAUUACUUGUGGAACUUUGGUGAUGGGUCUAUUAGACCUGGAAAUAACAAAACUGAGAAUCAUGUGUUUACAAGAGAAGGGGAGUUUACUGUGAAUGUUUUAGUCUUCAACAAUGUGAGCUCUGCUUUCCUUACCAAGCAGAUUUUUGUUGUGAAAGAGCCCUGCCAGCCGCCUCCUGUGAAGAUUAUUGGACCAACAAAUCAAAUUCAGAUCCGAAGAUACGAGCAUCUCCAUCUUAGAGUCACCUUUGAAGCUCCAAUAUUGUGCAAUAUCUCCCAAGGCCUUCACUAUUAUUGGUCUUUCGUGAAGUCAGAUGGGAAUCUUUUAAGCCUACCUGCGCAUAUUGAAAAUAAAAGACAAGCAAUCACACUCCCAAAAUUCUUCCUGGCUUAUGGAAAAUAUACCGCUGUAGCUAAGGUCCAAAUAGUUGGAACGAUUGUGUACAGUAAUUAUACAGUACCCAUUGAAGUGCUUCCUACUGAUCCAGUUAGCGUGAUAGCAGAAGGAACCCAUCUUUUCAUUGACCAAAAUACUGUUAAAAAUAUCACUCUUAAUGGAACGUCCUCUUUUGAUCCAGAUAAUCCAGCAGCUCAGUUAAGGUUUCAUUGGAGAUGUGCUCCAGUUAGUACACACACAGACUCUUGUUUUAAAUCUAGUGUUUCAAGUCCAUUUCAGAGCAGUGAUGAAGUUAUUAUUUUCCAAACUGCUCUCCUUAACAGCAAUUUUGACCAGUUUCAUUUUACGUUAAAUGUGUCCAGCGGUGAUCGAAUGUCUACAGACGCUCAUGUAUUUUUAUCAAUGAAACCAAAAUCUAAUUUUAGGUUAGUUCAUCUACAUUGUUUUGAAUGUAAAGGAUCUUCCAUUAACUGGAAUGAAAAAAUUUCUGUGCAACCUGUAUGCUCUGACUGUAGUGAAACAGAUGAUCUGUCUUAUUCCUGGAAUCUUUAUUGGAUAAAUGCAACAGAUACAAUUAAUAUUGAAGUUCCCUUUUGCCAUGCAAUAGAAGGCAUGCGUCAUUCUGGACUCCAUGGUCUAAUCUCUAUGGAAACAUCUGCUGAAGCCUCAAUGAUGCAAGUCACACCCAGUUUAGCAAGUCAUGCAACAUCAAGCCAUCUUGAAACCACUCCUGAACCAUCAGCAUUUGAAGGCAUUAGCAAUGACACAAAGACACUAGAAUCAGUUUCAUUCAAUGGAGAAUCAACUGAAAGCACUUUCCAAGAAACAAACUUUGGUAGAACAGUCUCACAAGAAGGUGAAAAUGAUAACAUUUCUCCUACUGCCUCAGCAUUUGAUCUGACUAUGCUGGACAUGUCCAACCCGCUUCUAGGCCCACUAGAAGAAGGUUCUUCUGGAGGCAGAUAUGCCAGGGGCAGAAGGUCAGCUGUGGGCACAAUGUCAAAUAAUGCACAUUCUGAUACAUCAGAUUGGAUGAAUUUAAUGAUAGAGGAGAACAAACUUAGACUAGAGAAAAUUCAGAAAGAGUUGUCAUUAGCAAAUAAUGAAGUAGAUGCUUGGAAAGGAAAAGAUGAGUAUGAGAGACUUAUGGGCCUAGCAAAAGUUGAGCUACGCAAAAUUCAAGAUUCAAUAAAAUUUAGAAAGAAAAAGAAAUAUCAAAGAGACUGGCAGGAUUAUCAGGACAAAAAGGUUUAUGAUUACACAUAUAGUGCCUCUAGUGGCUCUGAAUCAGAAAUUUCAAGUGGAGAAGAAAAUAAAACACAAAACUCCUACAGAGAACAGCAACAAAUGGAAAGAGACAUUGAUCUUUUGAGCACAAAUGAACCUUUGCCUGAUAACUUAACAAAGAAACAGAGAACUGCACUAAAAGCUUUACAAAAUGACAUUACCAUAACCAUUAAGCCAUCAGAUAAAGGCGGUAAUAUUGUGGUCUUAAAUACCAAGGACUAUGUUGAAGAAUGUCAAAGACAACUAAGAGACAUUAAACAAUACAGCAUUUUACGCUUUAAUCCUACUGAAAUUUAUAAAGAAAAAUUAUUCCAAAUUCUAAUGAGAGCAAAAGAUGAAGGUGUUAUAAACCAGAGAGAAUUUGAUUUUCUGUUUGUAAAAUUUCCAAAAACUGCAACUUUCUAUAGCAUACCAAAACUCCACAAAAAUAAGCUGCCACCUCCAGGUCGCCCUAUUAUAUCGGGCAAGGGCUCACUAACUGAGAAAAUUUCACAGUAUGUGGACUUUUGCCUUAGACCCAAUAUACUAAACCUCCCCUCCUACAUUAAAGACACAUUAGAUGUAUUGAAAAAACUUAAUGACAUAAGUGUUUCUGCAAACACCUUAUUGGUUGCAAUUGAUGUUGAGUCACUCUACUCAAGCAUCCCUCACGACAAAGGGGUAGAGGUAAUCAAAUAUUUCCUAAUCCAAAGAGGUUCUGAGUAUGACAAGCAUACAAAUUUUAUAUUGGAACUGUUAUCCUUCAUUUUAAAACAUAACUAUUUUGUUUUUGGAAAUAAAUGUUACCAACAAAAUUUAGGAACAGCGAUGGGGACUUGCUGUGCCCCCACAUUUGCUUGCCUCUACCUAGGCAAAUGGGAAUUUGAUCAGAUUCUAAAUAGUGCUGAGAUAAAUGACUCCAUCUCUUUAUGGCUAAGAUUCAUCGAUGACGUGUUCCUCCUGUGGGAGGACACUGAGAUGAAACUGAUAGAAUUCAUGCAAAAACUAAACAACAAUGAAUGGAACUUAAAAUUUACCUACACUUAUAGUAAAAAUGAGAUUACUUUCUUAGAUUUACGCAUUAUUAAUGAUAACAAUUGCCUAAAAACAGCCACAUUUCGCAAAGACACUGCAGGUCUUCAAACUUUUUAUGACUCUUCUCGAUCAAACAAGAGACAUUUUCAAGAUUUUGAUACUCAUUUGACCAGCAUUCAGGAGGGUAGAGGAGGCUCAAGAGGAAGAUCAGAAGGAGAAAUUAGUAGUAUUCCAAGUUCACUGUCAGAUGAUGAGAUUCCUAAAGAAGAGGAAGGGGAUAACCUUGUGGAUGUGUCACGUUUAGACAAUGCGCCAGCUGCAAUACUCAUGAUAGACUGGUUCCAACAUCACAUAAGCAACAGUGUGUUUCAUAGCUAUACUGCCUCAGGCAUUUCUUCCCAGACUGUAAUUUUCAACCCUUUUGUGCUGAAGUCUAGCAACAUGUAUAUGCUUGAUCUGUCUGUUGCAUCUCGCGGAAACAUAAUUGGCAAGUCCCAGCUGUACUUUACUGUCAAUGAAAUGCCACAGAGAAUUACUUGUGCUGUUCGAUACAAAGAGGGUUUUGAACUACACACUGUUUUCAGCAUAUUUUGUACUUCAGGCCAGAAGGACCUUCAUUAUGAAUUUAGUUACCAAACUGGAAGAUCCUCCAGGAAGAUAUUGUAUAAAGGAAGAGACAAUGAGUAUUAUUUUAGUUUACCUUCCGGAGACCCAGCUGAAUUUUAUAGAGUUACUAUUUUCAUGGAAAUAACAAAUCGGUUUGGAUCAAAAACCCAGCAAUGCCCAGUAAAUGUUACUGUGUUACCCAUUUUUGCCAGGAAUACAACAGGAACCAUGCCAGAGUGGGAUUUGUACCAUAAUGGAUUAAAGAAUCUUUCUACACUUUUACUGAUGGGAAAUCACAUUGAGAUUCGAAAUUAUGUUGUGUUGGUAACAGAAGUCCUUAAUCGGUUAUAUACAGAAGAAAGCAAAGAUCCUUUUGAUCUUCAAAGAAAACUUCAAAGAAAACUAAGAAAUUCAUUGAUAUCCUCUGUAUGCAGUUUACCCUUUCAAGACCAGGAUGAAGUUACAGAUAUCACUUCAAUGCUAACAGACCUUUUAAAUAAAACCAAACAGAUUACUACGGAUAGUGUAACAUGCAUAAUAAAUGCUGUAAAGACUAUUGUAAAAGAGUAUGUUGAGCCUGUAAACCAUAAAGCAGUCUUGCUUGAUAGAACAUUGUCUGAGAAUUUAAUCUCAUUGAUAUCUAAAGCAAUGGAAAUAUCUUACAACUAUUCAGAAAGAAAUAACUAUGUGAUACUGGAUGGAAUGAAAAGCAUUAGUGAUUUGAUGCUGAAAUACAUCACAAUGAACAAUGAACUUCAAUUUAAUAUCAGUACAAGCCUACUGGAGAUCCAGGUUAAUGUACAUCAAAACUCUCAAAAGGAUAUUCAGUCAAUAGGUUCUACAAGGUUUAAUCUACCACCAUUGAUAGACAGACACAGCAUAAUAAAUAUUGAUUCAAAUAACAAAUGUUACAUAAGCCAGCUGGUACACUUUAAGAAAAACCCAUACUUUUGGGCAGUGACAUCAUCUCAGCUUCAUGGGGAGUUUGCUGGCCUCGAUGUUUUCCACUGUUCUACAAGAAGAAAAAUCAAUGUUAGAGAAUUUAUAAUGCCAGUAACUAUGGAGUUUGAAAACCAACUAAAUAAUAAGUUAGAGGCAAAUGAAAAUAAGUUUAUUCUUGCUCGGGACAAAGUGAAUUAUCACCAUUUCACUGCUACUUCAAAGAACAAAGAAGAGGUGCUCCAGAUUACUAUAACUUUUUCUGACCCCAACACCAGAGCUUUCCCGGUUUUGGUUUUAGUAAGAUACCCUGAAAAACCUUCUACUACACACUUUAAUGUAAAACAUAUCCAUUACUGGGAAGGAAAUACAACACAGAUAUUUAUUUCUGCUGAUUCAAUUAGAGAUCGUGGAUCAGGCUAUUUGGCUUUAAUGGAUGCUGACUACAACAGAGUGCCAAAAAAUAAAUACCUUUCAAGUCAGAUAAAUUAUACUAUUAAUGUCCAAUGGGCUCAGUGUUUGUUUUGGGAUAACUACAAACAGUGGAAGUCAGAAGACUGUUAUCCUCAAAAAGGGACAACUGCAGCAAGAAUCAAUUGCAGCUGCAAGCAUCUAGGCAUGUUUACAAUAUCAAGUAGACAUGUGAAUACUCAAAUGAACAUUGAAGAUGUUGAACAAUUUAUACACGCCUAUACAAAUGUGGUACCGUGUGCAAUUGUUUUCCUUUUCAUAUUGCUGUACAUUGUGCUGCUGACAUUCUGCAAACUUAAAGAUAAACACGAAGAGAAGAAGAACGACUGUGUGUUGCUUCAGGAUAAUUCUCCAAGUGACCAGCAGCAGUAUGCCAUUAUUGUUGAUAUAGGUUUCCGAUCUAGACCAAAGUCAACAGCUAAGGUGCAUAUUGUUCUACAUGGUGAAGAUGGGGUAUCUGAAACUAGAGAACUUUAUUGCCCUGACAAACCUCUUUUUGAAAGGAAUUCUCGGCAUACAUUUAUUAUGAGCAUCCCUGACAGCCUUGGGCCUAUAUGGAAAAUUCAUAUUUGGCAUAAUAACAGUGGUGAUUGCCCAAGUUUGUACCUCAGCCAUGUUAUAAUCAAAGAUCUUAAGUAUGGAACCAGUUGGUUCUUUCAUGCUGAGUGUUGGUUGGCUGUGGAUGAAGGAGAUGGAAAAGUGGAACGGGAGUUCACAUCUACUGGUCACGGACCUUGGUUUCAAAAGCUUUUUUACUGCAAGUUAACAGAAUAUCUAGAAGAUUUUCAUUUGUGGUGCUCCGUAUUAAGUCGUCCUUCAUAUAGCUGGUUCACUCACACUCAGCGCAUAACAAUUUGCCUGGUCUUGUUUUUGGGUUAUAUGAGUUUAAACAUUGUCCUUAUUCACUGGAAGGAAGAACAAUAUACAGCUGAAAUGGGCUUUAUAGACAUUUCCACUGUGUCUAUGAUAACAGGAUUGCAGGCUACCAUGACAAUCUAUCCAGUAGCCCUAUUACUGUCACUUCUUUUCAGGUUUAGUGAGGGUCAUCAGAAUUCUUUAUCAGCAGUGGAUACCAUGCUUGAAUCCAAUUUGACUUGGCAACACUUCCAGUCCUGGGCCUAUGAUGCAUGGAAGAAGAAAUAUGAGAGGGAUUUUUUUACUCCUAGUGUUCACUCUGUCAACUCUAGCAAAAGGAGCGAAAAAGGAAGUCCAUUGCCUUCUAACCAAAGCUCCAGUGGGUUUGAAGAUGGCAGUAACAAUAGUCAUAAGCCUGAUCCAAGAGACUAUAAGCAAAGCAAAAAUGAUCUCUGCUCAGAAUAUUCAUCAGAUCGCAGCAGCCUAUUUGAGAAUUCUGUUUUCCAUGGUUAUAAGGUUCUUCCUCCAUGGUGUGUCUAUGUGGCCUGGUCACUGUGUGCUCUGUUUAGCUUGUCCUGUGUCAUAGUAACUGUACUGGUUGGCUUCAGGUUUGGUCCUUCAAAAUGUAUACUGUAUCUACAUGCAUUGUUUUUCUCCUUGAUCUAUUGCAUUUUUAUUAUUCAACCUUUUAUGAUAUUCCUGACAGCAUUGUUUGUGGCGUGGUGGAAAAGGGAGCAAACUGACUUCUUUGCAGAAGAAUUGCGUGAUGCUACAAAGUAUUUCCUAAGUGAUCCAAUGCUUUUUUCACAGAAUUUUGCACUUUACAAUCAACAAAAUACUCAUGAACUGGUCACAAACUUUGACAAGAUCCUUGCUGCCCGAAAAAGAGCUCGUUAUCUGAGACUGGCACGUCCUCCGACUCCUGCCCAGCUGAGAAUUGUCCGAGAAAAAAUAAGGAAGAAAACACUUAUCCAACAAACAUUUUGGGAAUUUGUUAUGCAUAUCGUCAUGAUAUUUAUACUUCUUUUCAUUGCUCUGGGUAAAUUUUCUCAUCAUGAAUAUAUUUUAAAUCAAGCAGUCCGUAAUGAAUUUACCAGAGAUGCAGAACACACAUUUAGUAAAAUCAAGACAGAAGAUGAAUGGUGGGACUGGAGUGUUAGCACAUUACUUGAUGGUCUAUACUGGGAUAAAUGGUACAACAAAGCCUAUGCUACGGCAGAGGCUGGGCCUAUUGGAGGGAAAUUCUUUCUAGUUGGAACUCCUGUACUGAGACAGCUGAGAGCUGCAAGUGAAUCCACCAGCUCAGAGGAGGCAAAGAUCCCAAAACGCCAAGUGCCCUUAAAAAUCCCUCCCACCUUACUAGUCUUGUCUUUACCAUCACAGGAGGAAGAACCACUGGCAGCUAAAAUUAGGACCUCCCCAGAUGUGUCGGGUGUGGAGAUAAUGAACCACGAGUGCAAGCUCACACUCUUCGCAGAUGACAUACUGCUCAGUUUGAUGAAACCUCUCGUCUCCUUACCCAAUCUUUAUAAAUUACUAGAUGAUUAUGCUGAGAUUUCGGGAUAUAAGACACAUAAGGAAAACAAAAACUGGUUCGGAGACGCAGCUCUUUUUCACAGACAAAAUAUCCAUAGAACCAUCAUGACAUGGGGUACAACAUCAAAGACAAAAUUGUGGACCCCUCCACCUGCAGACAAACAAAAUGUUAAAAAGAUUGAGAAAAUCUUUAAGGCAGCCUCAAAAAGGCUAUCCACCUUCAUGAUUCCUGAUGCAGUUUCUUUUCUAAUUAGCAUGGAAUGGAACAAACCAGAUGUUCCCUUUGUUCCCUUCUCCAAAUUCAAAAACAUGUUUCCUUUACCCUCUGAAAAAUUGGAUGUGUGGGAGACUAUUCCAACGAUGGACGGAGGGCAUAGUUGUGACAAAUCACUAGGAGGGAAGGAGAAAAACAUGAGAGUGGCAACUUCAAAACACAUCUACAUGCAUGGCACUGAAAAAUCUCUCUCUGGGACCAAAGGGUCAAGUUCAACUAUAUUUCCUCUGUGCAGUGGUCUUUCUCCUGAUUCAGGAUGA